AUGACAGACGUUCAAGGAGACGGAAAGGAAUCUGACCAAAAAAAUGUAAUUUUAGAGGAACUUCCUGAGAACCUUAUAAGGUUCGCUCAAAUUGUUACUAAAGCCUUUUACGGUCGAGAACAUUACGUUGUCGUUGACUACAUUCAAAAAAAUACUUGUAUAAAAGAAGAUGACCUUCGACAUCUGCUUAAAUUUGAUCAGCGAUUUAUGCGCUCGGUGCUGAAUCAACUGAAGGUUGACAAAAUUUUGAAGGAAAGAAUUGUUUCAGAAGAGUUGGAAGGUAGAUCUAGGAAAGUAAACUAUUAUUUUAUCAACUAUCGCGCUUUGCUGAAUGUGACUAAGUAUAAAAUUGAUCACAUGAGGCAACGUUUGGAAGUGAAAGACAAGGAUGAAGUUCAUAAAGCGUCGUAUAAAUGCAGUGGUUGUCGUCGUCACUACGACGCUAUGGAAAUGGAUAAAAUAUUUGACCCAGUUACACAAGAAUUGCGGUGUUGGCGCUGUCAGCACAUUGUUGAACCGGACGAAACGGCAGGUCCUACAGAUGAGACUAGAUCUUCUCUUGCUCGAUUUAAUGAACAGAUGGCUCCGCUUUAUUCUAUGAUUCAAGGACUUGAUGGUAUUCGUUUGGCUCAACAUCUUCUGGAACCUCCACUGAAAGUGGUUGAAAAUAACACCACUGAAGCAUCUGACAAGAAGGUCUUGCAAGUCGGGGAAGUAGCUUUUAAAGGUCACAAUGUUAGUAGAUCGAGCUUAUAUCAAAAUGGAAUCACAGUUAGUAUAGAAGGAGAAAAUACCACGCCACAGGUUGAAGAGAAGAAGGUUGUACCGUGGUUGCAGAAUCAGUUACAUUCGCCAAAUCCCAACAUGGGGGAUGAUCCGGUUAAGAAUGCUUUCGCGGGCCUAGUUGAUGACCCUUUAUCACUUGCUGAGACAGAAACAGUGGCUGAAAAUCCGGUGGAAAAUGAGGUCGAAACUUUAUUGAUGGAAGAAUUUGAACAGGGUCCCUCAACAACUUCGCCGGAACCUGCUGCGAAAAUACCUAAAUUGGAAAAGGAUGACACAUUAGUAGAGAGUGAUAACGAGGAGACUAUUACAGUUGGAGAUAAGAAAUAUUAUUUAGAUGAAAUCACUCCAGAAAUUGUGCGUCAAAUGACACCUGCGGAGAAGGAAAUGUAUAUCAAUUUGACUAGAGAAGAGUUCGAUUUUUAA